CUCAAAAUAUAAUUUAUGCUUGUGAUCUGUUAUAUAUGGCGUCAGAUAGACCAAUUCACUGUAAUAUAAAGAAUCCAGUACUUCUUACUAUAGCGGACGCGAAAAAUGAAUUUCAUUCAGGCUGCAGAGUCAUCGAUAUUACUUUUCCAAAUGUGACAAACCCAGAGGUAGGAGAGAUUCAUUUCAAGAACAGUUAUGUCGCUUAUCUGACAGUUCGUGUCAAACAGAAACCUGUACCCCAAGAAGCUGGAAGUGACUCUGUUACUCCGGAAAUAAAAUGGCGGACAUGUGUACGGAGGAUGCGUUUAAUGCCGAACCCUCACUGUGAAGCUGGAUCUCAAGACUACUUCUGUAUCUCCCGGAAACAUUUCAGCUUUGACUUGAACCAGCUUACAGGCGUGCGUCUGAUUUUGAUGCAACCAUCUCCGGUAUGGAAAGAUUUCAGACUGGAGGAGAUCAAAUUGUAUCGUUCAUCGGAGUCAAAUCGACCACAACCUCUACCGGCCUGGCUCAUAGAGGAAGCCUCAAACAGCUCCAGCAAGAAAAGAAUUGAGCACUUUGAUAGUUCAGUAAGCUAUGAGGAUGAGCAGGAUGUAGCUCCCCUACAAAAUGGGGGUAAUGUGGCGGGAUUAGGGAGUGUGGAUGCCAUAUCUGCUAGUUUACAACAGCUGUGGGCACUGUCUGAAGGUGUAUCAACCAGCCAAACUGAUAAAGCUCUUGGCAGAUUUGAUGUUGAUGGAUGCUAUGAAAUCAAUCUGCUUUCAUAUACAUGAAAAAAUACAGGAUUUAGUGUAUGGAUUGCAUCACAAAAUUGCAUCUGGAAAUGUCUCACACUCGGAAGUAUAUGUAUCCAUUGCAAUGAAUUGGAACUUCUCACCAUAUCUGUGACAAGGAGGAAUAGUGUUGUUCGAUUUGAAUCCCUACAGUCAAUCCUCUACAUUUCUAGGAAACUGAAGGUGUCAAUCAAGAGGAAAAUCCAGUAGAUCUUAUGGAAUAUCAUUUCAAGAAGAGUUUAUGAACACUUCAAGAAAAAACUUUUUUUUUUCCGAAAUCAUCUGACAUUUGUUGCACAGGGUUUUGGGAAGAUUUAGUGUACUUAACAUUUGUUCGUUGAAUGUCUGGGAUUAGGAAGUGACACUUUAUACACAUAGACCAAUAUCUGCAAAUUUGUUAAGUAAACCUUUUUUCUUUAAUUUGAAUCUCGAUUUUCUUCUGUCAAAGUUACAGGUUGCAACAUUUUAUACAUGGAAAUGUUUCCCUAUGAAUAAUUUUAUUAAGCAUGAACAAAGGUCCUUUUGUAAGUUUAGUAAGUAUGAAAAUGCAUAAAAGAAUGAA